AAAAUGGAUAAGUUAGGAAGAAAUACAAACAAUACUUCAAAAUCUUCAGUCCGAAGAAGAGUCACAUGCUCCUCAAUUAGGAAGAAAAGGAAGACUAAGACAAGCCAGAAGUGCAAAUUUCCUAAAGUAAAAAAUUACAAAGCUAAGGUAUUAAAAUAAGUCUCCAGAAAGAAGACAAGAAAAACAAUUUAGAAUCAUCAAGAAAGCUCAAGAUUUAAAAACUACCAAAUGGGCUAAUACUUCAGAAAAUAGAUUCAAGACAUCAUCGAGUUCUACUAAAUUAGAGAGUAUGCCAAAGAGAUUAGGAAGUGAUGCUCUUGUGAAGGCAAAAACUACUCCUCAGCCUUCAAAGAAGCAGAAUCAUCAGAGUAGCUCUAGUUCUUUGCAGCAAUAUAGCCCGUAUAAAGACAUAAAUCAAGCUGAAGAGCAUGACAAGGAUCAUAAAGAUACCAAUAAAUUAAUUAGUAUUGAACCUUGUUCAAAAGGGAAACAGCCCAAUGAGAAUAAACCUGCUCUCAUAAAUAAAACUCCAUCGUGAAAGGCGACAGAGAAUUAUGAUUCGAAAGGAGACUAUUGAAAGAGCCAGGAAUUUUCUGCUCAAGCAAUGUCGAACCUGAUUACCACCCAAUUUGAGCUAAACUUUCAAAAACCAUCAUUUGUAGUCAAAAACUCAACUAUUGAUUAUCAUAAUAGUGAUGAAAGAAUUUUUGUAGACGGAAAAGUGGUCUCGAAGACUCCAAACAAAUCAUCUAGCUUUCUUCAUGGAGGAAAGUAUUCUAUUCAGCAUACUUUGUACUCAAAGAAUGAAAACAGAAGUUUUAAGGACAGAAAGAAUCCUAGGCAGUACAAAUAGAGUUAGCUCAGCUUACAGGAUUAAAAAUCAAGAAGAGGCUCUGAAGAAUUACCAGAAUAAAAUAGAGAGAACCAACGAGGGGAAAGCGAGUAAUCAGUUUCAUAUUAUGCCAGAGAUUCGAGUACAAGAGCUUAUAAAUGUCAGGCCAAAUCAUACUGAGAAAAGAGGAAAGUCUACUGUGUAUGAGAGAAGGAGAAAGAAUAAAGAUGUUUCCCAGGAAUACCUUAUUGUUUCAAAGAAGAAACUGAGUAAUAGUCCGAAUACACAUUUGAUAACCAAGCAUGAGAAGAUGUAUCAGAUGAAAAGAAAAACGACCCAAGAUAAUGUUCAAGCUCUAAGAAAUGUAGUACUGGCUCAACAAGAUCUUCUUCUAUGUUCUCAACUAGUUUCUGAUGAGAAUAGACUGACAAAACUUAAUGUUGAAUGGCUGAAGAAUGAUGAAAGAGCAAGAGAUUAUCAAUCAAACAGAUUCCAGAAGGAUUUAACUCCAACUGUUCAUAAGCAUCCUAUAUCAUAUGGCGAAACAGAGAUAAGAGCACAUCAAAAUGAAAGAGAAGAUAUUGAUGCUCAAAGAAUCCAUCUUGGAUUAGAGCCAAUAGUUGAGUGAAAGAGCAAAAGAAAAGAAGAGAGGGUGUUAACCUCAAAGACUUCUACUAAAAUUGCUUUCUCAAAUAUAUAUAAGAAUAAAUACAAAUACAUUGUAACUCCUGGGAAUAACUCCAAUCUUAUUAGAGAAGCAAUGCAGCAAAGAAGUUGGUGGGUAGAAAUCCCCAAUGUAGACUCUGCGUUUAAUUUCAAAUGGCAGCCAGUUUCAUACAGGAUGAAGUUUAGAAAACUCAAUCAGAAAGGUCCUGUUAAGCAGGUGGUGAACCAUUUUGAGAACCACAGAUGUCUUACUGAGAAAAGUAACAUGUUUUAUUUCUUACAAAAUCAUUGAGAGUUUAUCAAAAAGAAUGUGUUUGAUAUUACACCUGUUCAGUUCUUCAUUAAGAUUGAGAUGAAUCUACCGAAUGCAAUCAAUAAUGCAUUAAUGCCAUUCUACUCUUUCUUUAAUAUGCUUGAGGAAGCCAAAGAAGCCCUUCAAGGUCUUCAUUCAGCCCAGAAAAUCCAAUCAGAGUUUAUUAUUGACGAAAAGAUUAUUAAUGUGAAUCUUUUGAAACAAGAAAAUGAUUGAAAAUCAGGAAGCAAAAACUCCUCUUGAACGAAAUUUAAAAGCUUUAAUUUUCAAAAAUAGGGGGAAAUCAUCCCAUUUGAGGUACGAGAUGCCUCUGUCCCAUUCUAUUGGAAAGAACUUCUGGAUCCUCAAGGCUACUAAUCUGAAUAGAGGAAGAGGAAUCCAUGUAUUCAAUUCACUAGAAUCUUUACGCUCUUUAAUAUAUGAGCAAUGGAAUUGAAGUGAGAACCCUGACUCAAUGGAAAGGAGUACAGAUAAUACAAAAGUGAUGAUGAUCAUACAGAAAUAUAUCGAAAAACCCCUUUUGAUUCAUAAAAGAAAGUUUGACAUUCGUGUGUGGGUAUUUGUCAGUUCCACUGGUAAAUGCUACUUCUUCAAAGAGGGAUACUUAAGAACAAGUGGGUCUGAAUUCAAGCUAGAUGAAGAUAAUCCAGAUGACCAACUUGUCCAUUUGACUAAUAAUGCGAUCCAGAAGCAUGCUGAGAAUUAUGGAGAUUUUGAGGAUGGAAACCAAAUGUCUUACGAUAAUUUCCAAAAAUAUAUUGAUGAACAUUGCCCAGAGAAGAAAUAUAACUUCAAAAGAGAUGGACUCCCAAGAAUGAAGGAGAUGAUAAGACAUAGCCUUCUUUCUGUUAGAAGAAAGCUAAAUCCUAAUAAUCGCAAAUUCUGAUUUGAGUUAUUUGGCUAUGAUUUCAUUAUGGAUUCUGAUUUCAACCUCUGGUUAAUAGAAGUCAACACAAAUCCUUGACUUGAGGAAAGCUCUGAGAUGCUGAAGCACUACUUGAGGAGAAUGGUCAAUGAUAUGAUCAAGAUUGAGAUAGACUCUAAAUUCCCGAAACCAAGGAAAAGCAAGAGGUAUGAAAAGAUUACUAAAAAGAGAACUCUUGGGAAUAAAAGUCCUCCUAACAGACAACAAUCAGCAUCUCUAGAGAGCAGAAAAAUAGUUAAGAGGAAAUUAAGCUAUAGCAAGAAUAUGAAUGAUGAUAGUGAAUCUCCUGAAAAGAGUCAGACUAUCCUUCAUAAUGAUACUUCAAAAAUUUCUUUAUCAAGACACUUGACUUGAAGGAGUACCAAUGAUGAAUCUACUCGGCCUAAAUUCGGAUCUUAUUUAAAGAAGAUUAGUAACGAUUCUUCCACACAAGAGAACCAGUAUUCUACCAGAACAGAUAAACCUGCAUCAAAAGAUGCAAAGCUAGCGCUUUUAGCUAGUAAAGGAUGCUAAUUUUGCAUAAGUUUUGUGAAAUUUCAAC